UUCGUGGCACGUGUGUCUAUGUUUUAGCCUAGUUAGUUCUGUGCUUAUUCAGAGAAAAUAUAUCAUUAAGAAAUUAAUUAAAAAUUUAAUUAAAAUAAGAAAUAAAAUAAAAAUACCCCUGCACGUGCACCCCAGCAGCUGAGACCAUGGAGGAAUCGCCUCAGCUGAAGAUUGGCUUCAUUGGAGCAGGAAACAUGGCUUAUGGAAUAGCAAAGGGCAUCCUCAGAUCUGGUGAUGUCAUCGCGUCUAAUGUCACUGUAAGCGCCCCGUCUGAAAACAACUUUCCCCGCUUCCGGGCAAUGGGAGUUGCAGUCACGCACUCAAACGAGGCAGUUCUUCGUGGUUCUCGUCUGGUCUUUCUGGCAGUUAAACCCCAUCUGAUCUCUCCGGUCCUAAGUUUACUCUCGGAGCAUGUCACCCCACAACACGUUAUUGUCUCUGUUGCAGCCGGGGUCACCAUAGCGACCCUUGAGAAGUUGUUGCCCGGAGGAUCCUGCGUGAUGCGUCUGAUGCCGAAUCUCCCGUGCAUGCUCCAGGAAGGAGCUCUCCUCUUGGCAAGUGGAGCAGGGGUCAAGCAGGAGGUAGCGUCUCAGCUGAAGAGUCUCCUUUCCCCUUGUGGACUGGUGGAGGUCGGACCCGAGUCCUGGAUCGAUGCCCACACAGGCCUAAGUGGCAGUGGUGUCGCUUUUGUCUACGUGUUUGCUGAGGCCCUGGCUGAAGGAGCCGUUAAAAUGGGAAUGCCGAGCGCGCUGGCUCAGCGUUUUGCAGCCCAGACUAUACUGGGUGCAGGUUAUUUGUUGCGAGAUGGUGAGAAGCAUCCAGCACAGUUAAAGGCAGAAGUGUGUACUCCAGGCGGGACCACAAUCUACGGGCUUCAUGCGCUGGAAAAAGGAGGGAUCAGGGCCGCCGCCAUGGGGGCCGUGCAGGCGGCAACAGAAAGAGCAAGAGAACUGGGGGACAGCAAGACGGUCUGAGAGAAAUCAAGGGAGGAAGAGAGGCGCCAUGGCGAGCAUGGCAAUGUAGAGAUAGGGGUAUGUGUGAGAGGCGUUCAAGUCAAACCGGGACUUUUGAUUGCGCAGAAUGACAGAACAUUUCAUCAGUUCUGAAAGUAAAAUCUCCCUUUAUCCCCCUCGGAGAAAGGUUAAAAAGCAGCACUAGAACUGUCUUUAACUGCCUGUUUAAUUGUACAUUAAGUUAAAUGCACAUAAAUUUAUUAAAGGAAGUUAUAAAUUCCAACAUGAAUGUAAUAAUAGAUUGUAUAAAUAAAUCCAUACUUA